AUGGCCGUCCGUCCGGAGCGCGUUGAGGAUUGGUUCCAUCUGGCCCCAGGUCUGCUUUCCCAGGACGGCUGGGAGAUCAGCUUGGCGAGGCCUUUGUCAACACUCUCACAUUGUGUGAGUCCUUGGGGUGGCCACCUCAUCAAGUUUUCCUACCAGGACAUCACAAUCACCGAUGCCCCUGAGAACACCGCAGGUGUGCUUGUCCGACCUGAGGUGCGGGCUUGGCAGCACAGUGCUGAUCCAAGUCCUGGCUCCAGCUUCGAAGUGCUUAACCAGCUGGCUCCCGGAGAUGCUGUUGUAAAGCGUUGGGCCUCGUGGCGCUUGCUCCGGCUUUGCAGCGUCCUGUUCGGCGACCUUGCUGGCCACUUCAUGAACUACUUCUUCUAUGACCCGAGCAAGCAGACCGAACUGCAUCAGAGGGUGCGACGAGACUAUCCUGAGCGUGGGGACAGCGCCUGCGCAUUUUUCGAUCAGUCCGAGCCGCUUGAGGGACUGCUGGUAUGCCAUCCUCAAGAAGAGCCUGAUAAGUUCCUGGUGAAUUGUGUGCUUCGCGUGCCCGAAGACAAGUUUGCCAAUUGGGCGAAGAUCCACUACAUGAUGUUGUUGGAGUCUGGUCGCCGGACGGCGCAAUGGUUCCUCAAUCGCCCAGGAAUAUCGGAGAUGCGAUCCAUGGACCAACAGUUCUAUGUUGUUCUGGCCAUUCAGAGCUUCAAGAGGGGCAUGCCCCAGUUGCCAGCGCAGAGUCCGAAUCCAGGCGAUGCUGUGACACGAAUCGAUGCCGGCCAACGCAUGGGACUCACCACCUGGGUGCGUUACCAUCCAGGAAUGGCUGGCAGCAGCAAGUUCUACUUGUCCGACUACAUUCAGCUGUUUCUGGAGAACAUUGGCGAGAGUGCUCAAACUUACAACUUGCUGGAUGGUCGCCAACUCGUACCAUACCAAUGCGUGGUUACCCGGGAAGAGUGGAAUCGUGUGCGCUCUCGCUUUUUUGAAGCUUUCACGCUGCAGAAAACGGCGUACCGACGAGCAAACGGGGGAUCCACUGCACCAGGCGUGCAUGAGGGUGUAGAGCCUCGCUUCCUGCCUGAUGCAGAUUUGGCCCUUCUGCGGGAGCGCAUCAAGUUUGCACAGCAGCAGCCCAAGAUCGUGGUGCGGAACACUUUCGUCGAGAUGGACGAGGAGGACGACGAGGAGACGGAAGAGGAGUUCAGGGUCGAGCGCAAUACCCGACGACCAAAGACAACUUCGCACUUGAGGGUGGACUGCUCCGUGCUUGCUUUCGCAGCACAGCCGCUGUAUUGUAAAGAAGCAGGCUUUGCUGGACUCAAAUUCGAGGAACACCAAAAUCUUCAGAUCGAACUUCGGCAACUGAAGAGGGAGCUGAGUCAUCAAACCGAGCUCCGGCGAGUCUUGCAGGCAAACCUCGACAGCGAGCGCGAUCGGUCGGCGAACCUGUCGAAGGCCAAUGAUGAGCUGUUGAGGGCGUCUGAGGAGCAGCUGCAAGGCCAGCGGCAGGUGAGUGAUGCCGAGACUGCGGAGCUCGAAUCCCAGGUUGAUGCCCUGUUGCUUCUGAAGAGGCCAUGUAUCCAGAAGGGCGGUGCUGUAGUUACUGGAAGUGACGAGGCUCCUCCCCGGGACAGUGAACCUCCUUUGACCACCAAUGCCCUGAGGAUACAUGACAUGCGUCUCUUCCAGAGAGGUUCACUUCAGACCUUUAAUCCGACAGCACCGAGUUUCUCUAUGCCGAACUCCGCGACGAUGAACAGCUUAAUGAUUGGCGAACAAAGACUCAUGCAGAACCAAGCUAACGUAAGCCAGACGUUCAUUCAGAAUGAUAGAUCACCUCUGAUUGAACAGAUUGCUGAGCAUCGCCAUAACCAGAUCCUUGGUCAGAUCACGAACAGUUUUCAGGAGCAGAUGCUAUCUAUGGGUAGCCAUGUCAUGUCCGGAGUGUCGAAACUAAGAGUUGAACUUGCUCAGGCCGAAACAAGGCUUGGAGAAGAGGAACAGCAAGCCAGAGCCAGAUUCUCAACAGGCCAAACUCAAUUGGAAUCGCAGGCCCUUGAGAUAAACAUGGCUCGCGGUGAAGCUCAUGCCUUGGCUGAAAAAUUGAGAUCUGCAGAAUCGCACGCAGAUUUGUCAUAUGCUAGGCUCCAGGAGCAACUCCACCUAGCGGAAGCUAAGGCCAUGAGCAAUGCUGAUCUCAUGAACUCUGAGCUUGACAGUGUGCGCGUUUCUGCUGCCCAGGCAACAAAUGCAGUGCAGGCUUCAUCUGAGGUUGAGAUCAAUCGCCUCUCUGCUGAGGUCCGAGACUUCAGAGUAGUCGUUAGUCAGGAGUCCGAGAAGCGGAAAGCAGCUGAGAGAGAGAACGCUGAGCUCAAAUUGCAGCUCAGCAAGGCAAUUGCCGCUCUUGAGGCUCAUGCCAACGCCUCGAGCUCUGUGCCCACUGUGCCCCCGGGACUUGUUCCGACGAUUCCUAUCAACACGCCUCCGCAGGAUGGCAUGGGACCAAGGUUCCGACGCCCCCCUGACGGUGGUGGCCCAGAUGAUGGGGAUGACGGCGGCAGUGAUGAUGAUGACUCCAGAUUAUCUCCCAAGCAGCUCAAGGCUCUGCUCAAAUCCCUGGCCAGGAGUAGCAAGAAGUCGGGGGAUGACAAGGAUACUGAGGAUGAAGGUAGGCAGAUCCUGUUUCUCUUGCACAAGUACUUUGCUACCAAUGCUUUGCACAAUUCUGUUUAUGAUAUGGAAGACUUGUUGUCAGUCACCAUGACUAACGAGAAUUUGGUGACAUUCAUCAGGUCCUUCAAAUUUCUGUAUGAUGCUGCCACUGCGCACAUCAAUCGCAAAAGACUUGAGAGAAAUCGUGAGCGCAUAGCAAGACAGUCAGGUGCCAUCCGGGCGCCCUCGCACACCCACACCCGGCAGAGGCCGUGGUCCGCGCAGUCCCUCGAGGUCGCUGUGACCGUGGAGACAAAUGCACCUUCCUGCAUACGGGAAAGCCAGGUGCUGCGGCUCCGUCCGGAGGAUUCAAAGGGCAGUAAGAACUCCAAGGGUUCUAAUGGCUCGCGGAAGUCUGGGGGCUCAGGUCGCAAGAAGGGCGGUGGUCAUUCCAUUCCUACUGCGGUUUGCCUUUUAGGAGCAAUGAUGGCAGGCACGGCUCACCAUGCCGAUGCUUACACUCUCCGGAAGGAUGAGUCGUGUUGGCCCUCUCAUUAUUCCGAGUUUACACACCUGGCGCUUGCAGCGGUGUCAUUCGAUGACAGCCCUGACUAUAUCAACUUCCCUCUUAGAGAUGGAGAAUUGAAGUACUCUGUUGAAUACCCCAAACGUACCUUCACAAGUAGCUGGUCUACUGAGGACGUUCCAUCGGGCAACGCACAAUCCACCAAGGAUGCGCUCAUGGCAGCAAGGAUGCUACGCGCAUCUGUGCGGAGCAGUCUCGAUGGUGUGCCUGCAAAGUGCAACUUCUGUUGUGAUACCGAGUUUGGUUGCGACCACUGCAUUCCAAAGGGUCUAAGGGUUACGUGCCCCGCCAAACCAGAUGCAGCGUUAUGUUCUCAUCCCAUGGAAUGGAUAGGGGAUACAGGGAGUGCUCAAGAUCUCAUCUCCGAGCGGGAGCUCGCGGAUCUGGUUCCAUUUGAAUCAGACUGCCCAAUCAACAUCUCUACUGCGAAUGGUCCGGGCUAUGCCAACAGGCAAUGCGAGGUGGGGGUUCCCUCCAUCAAUAGCGUUGCCAAGCCAUAUGUGUUGCCCAACACUCCGAGCGUUCUUUCGGUUGGUCAGAGAUGCAUGGAGCAAGGGUAUGAUUUCAUUUGGAAAGGAUUUCAGAGACCAUACUUCAAAGUUCCUGGCAGUGGGAAGGUUUACCUUGAUGUACGGGAUAAUGUUCCAUACCUCAAAUCAUGGAAAGAAGGAACUGCGUGCCCUGCAAGAAGGAUCGCCGCAUCAUCAGGCGGGAGCCGUACGGACCCCGAGAUCGUGGCGAAAGAGCUUCUCCAGAAUCAGGACUUUUCGCAUCGGUCGUGCUUGAAAUUACUCAAAGAAUCAACUUUCAAACAGCCCAAGAGCCGUCGCAGUGCGAUCCGCGCCAAAGAUGACCGCGACUCAAAAUAUCUCGUGUUUGGAGCGUUUUCUCAUGGGGGAAUGCAAGGGAUCACAAAACGAUCCAAGUCCUACCCCAAAGUCAUUCAGUAUCUCCUGGGAUAUCUUAGGAAGCAUGGCGUUGAUGGGCCGGUGACGUCCUUAGCUGUGAAUUGUAAUUCCGAUGUCAAGAUGCACAAGGAUGUGAACAAUCAUCGUGACCACGACAAUUUCACAAUCUCGCUUGGAGACUUCACAGGCGGGCAGUUGUGGGUUCAUGAUAACUGCCUCGAGAAGAACCAACGUGACACUGAGGUGAUGACCUCUCCUUCGGGAGAUUCAAUGGUAGGGAAGUUGUGGGAUUCAAGAGAGAAUGUUGUGACGUUCAAUCCCAAAUCCUAUCAUUGCGUCACUCCCUGGAAAGGUGAGAGGUGGAGCAUCACGGCCUAUGUCAACCGAGCUAUCCAUAAACUUAGCCCAGAUGAGAUUACCAAAUUGAAAGAGUAUGGGUUCCUUGUUCCGCGGAGGAGCGUUGAGGUUCCUGCUGCUCCUGUCGAGAUUGAUGAAGAGAUGACACUACAUGAUCUAGCAAUGAUGGACUUGCCCAAGAGCUCUCCAGAUCGUGAUGGAGCAGGUCGAGUGCCCGAAGGGGAUGGCAAGAGAUCGCGUGCUUUUGAAAAGCUGAAAGCCGAAGCAAAAAGCACCCAUCACUUGAUGUCCCAUCAGCCAAAGAAUCCAUUCUGCGACGUAUGCCAAAGGGCUAAGAUGUACAAGCAGCCGUCCUAUCAAACGGACGGGACGCACAGCAUCGAAGCCAAGGCCUUUGGUGAUCACCUGACUGCUGACCACAUCAUUGUUUAUCGGGAUAAGGGUGUCGCCAUUGAAGAGUCGCGUUUGGCGUUGGUUAUGAAGGACGUUUUCACCGGGUUCACUUAUGCAUAUCCUUCUGCCCUUCGUUCAGAGGACGAGUGCAUUGCCGCGUUGCAGCAUUUUGUUUCCUCCUCUGACGAGGUGGGUGUGUUUUACAGUGACCAAGCGCAAGAGUUGAUCUCCUCUGCGAAAUUUCUUGGGUGGAGACAUGAAUUGUCGAAAGCCUAUAUUCAUCAAUCCAAUGCCAUUGCUGAAAGAGCCGUCCGUGCAACCACCGAAGGCACGAGAAGCAACCUGCUCCAAGCUGGGCUGUCCCAUGUGUAUUGGCCUCAGGCGUUGGAGCACUCCUGCGCAGCCUUCAAUGUUAGCAACCUCAAUGGGCCUAAGUAUACACCUUGGUAUAAACGCUUCGGGUACGCAUUUCCGGGAAAGAUCAUUCCUUUUGGUUGUAGGGUCGAUUACUGGGUUGGUCCCAAGAACAAACGCAGGAAGCGCGACAGGUUCGAACCAACUUCUGAGCCCGGAAUUUUCCUUGGGUAUUAUUUUCAGCCUGGGAUGAAGUGGCGAAAUGAAAUCCUUGCACUUCCACUCAAAGAAUUAAAUCGGCAGGAUUUUCAUGAAUGCCUCAAACCCGUAAAGGCCUAUCAGUUUCAUGUUCCCAACGGAGAGUUUGUUUUUCCCAUGCGUGAAAGGUACGAAAAGGUCCAGCAAGGUCUUGCUACUGAUGCUUUAGAAGGCCCAGUGUCACAAUCGCUGACGAACCAAGAUGCCGAGCCUGCUCUUGAGCAGGACUCCGUUGACGCCGACCGGAAGGAUGAACCCUCGUUGGUCAUUGAUCCAAAGAGUGGGAAAAUGAUUCCCAUUCCGGAAGGGGGUGGUUACUACGACUCGGGGGGUACCCUGGGACGUAGAUAUGGCGGGACCAGAGGUUCCAGAAAGCCAGAUAGUAUUCCAUCUGAUCUUUGGGUUCGGUUGUCUAAGAAGCAGAAAGACAAAGCGAUUGAAGACGAAGUCCGGGAGAAUGCUCUCAGAGAACUCGAGUCUGGUGGUGGUGGUUCAUCAAGCAGCAGCGGCAAGCCUGCCGCAGUGGCGAAUGCUUCCAAGGAUGAAUGGGUCAUCCGGGGGGACAAGUUGAUCAGGUUCCAUUACAUUCCCAGAAAGGAGUUGUUUUCGCCUGACCUCACCGAUUGCCCUGUUCCAAUUGCCUCUCUCGGAAGGGAUAGAGUCACCAAGAUCAUGCCGCUAGGCGGUACAGAGAUUAUCCCCGACGCAGAUGAAUGGCGCAACGUUAGGAGGCGUAAUAAGAAGUUGUCAUACAAAUGGAUUGGUAGAACCGAGUUUAGUGUAAUUGCACGUCCCGAUUCUUCUGGUCAAGCAACUGUUGGGUCCCAGGACUUCCCAUGCAUGCCUACUGUUCCAACUGCUGAAGAUCCGCAUAGAACCAAAGUUGCCCGCGCAUUCCCUGAAACGUUUCAGGAAAUCACUGAGGCCAUUGCCAUGGUUGCUAGGCCAGUGGGCAAAAAGGAACUCAUGACGGAUUCAGACGCUCAAGCGUCAUUGGAUAUGGAAUGGGAUAAACUCAUCAAGAAGAAGGCCUGGGAUAUGUCAACUGUCAGAGAGUGGGAUGACGUGUCAAAAGAAGCUGCUAAGAAGGGUAAGAAAGCCCAUGUAGGCAAGAUCUUUGAAAUCUGCGUUGAAAAAGGUAGCGAGCUUCCCAAAGAAAACCCCUUACGGAAGUUCAAGGGUCGAACCGUCUUUCAGGGUAAUAAUGUCAGAGAUGAGAACAACGACACUGCUCUCUUUAGCGAGCUGGGCUCCAGUCCAGCUACCAUGGAGGCAGGGAAGGUUCUCGACGCCUAUGGCCAUGCCCCAAACCAUGGGGUAGAACAAGCAGAUGGCAAACAGGCGUACACUCAGACAACCCUUAAAGGAGCAGACACUUGGGUACGCCUCCCGCGGGAGCGGUGGCCUAAAGAGUGGAUAGGGAAAUAUAAAGAUCCCGUUGUGCGUUUGAGGUUGGCCCUCUACGGGCACCCAGAUAGCGGCGGCUUCUGGGAGCAACAUUGCGAGAAACGACUCAAGGAGGUAGGAUUUGAGCUUGUCUACCCAGCGGCGUGGCCCUCAGUAUUCUUUCACCCGACACUUAGGCUCUUGUUAGCAGUGUACGUGGAUGACUUCAAGAUGGCCGGGCCUAAAGAGAACCUUGCCAAAGGCUGGGAACUCAUUGGCUCCCGCAUCGAUAUGGUCCCAUUCAAACCUCGCGCGGCGGAAGCCCUCGCCCUCGACCUCGGGUCGCACAGACUCACCGUGGCUGCUCCUCUAGGCAAAGAGGACUCGCCAACCGAGACGUGGGAAGAGCGGAAGGCUCGCAUCGAGGACUUCAAGCUUGCCUUGCAGGACCCCGAUCGCCGGGCUGACGCCAUGGCUGGACUGUUGCUCCCGCCUUCCUAUCGGGACCUGGCUGACGCUGUGGUCGAGCCAGAUGCCGAUGCUGCGGACGAUGAGUUGUUUCUUGGGAUUGUUCCUGUGUAUCGGUGGCGCGCAUUGCGUGCAGAGCACCCCACGUCACACUGGACGAUCCUGUAUGAACAAUACUACAGGGAUCAUGGGGUCCGGGUUUUUGCAGAGGGAGACGCAGACACCUCAGCUCUUCAGGACUCUACCCUGGGGGGUUGGAUCGAUGUGCUCUACCGAUAUGCACAGGACCUCGCCAAUAUCGCAUGGGGACCACGAUCUGCAGGAGUUCUGGACGCGACAAGGCAUGAUGACAUUUGCAGAAAGGUUGAACUUCUCAGUCGUGGAGCGUCGAAGUACACGUGCUUCCAUGUGACCUCUGAGCUCAUGGGCAAGCUUUUCUCGCCUGCCCUACAGAGGAUCCCACUCCCCUCGGAAGAGCGGUUGAGAAUUUUGGUCGUUGGCGAUUCAUCACUCGCAUUGUGCCAGUUCAAGGGGCGAUCACCCACACAUCGUACAAACGUGGGUAUCUACGUCGAGGAGGCCCUUCGCCAUGACCGCCGCUUCACCUCGAUCCAUUACGAGAUGGUCUGGGGGGCACAGCUCGAUGAGCUGCACGCCAAGGCAGAGGAGCUUGAGGCGCUGAAUGAGUGGCCGACAAAGCAACGGCUUCGCGUGGAGAAGGCUGUUCGCAAUCUGAGGCUGCUCCUCGCGAGGCAUGAUGUGUGUGGGAUCACCGUUCUCACAGGAGACCAUCAUUCUGAAGUGUUUCCCACAGGACCUGAGUACGGUCUCUGCAUGGAACAGCACGCUGACGCGAUGCUUGCCCUUGGCAUCAACAUUGUCGAUCCGAUCGAAAUGUAUGGCCAUACUAGCAAGCCUGACGACUUCCACGCUGAUGCGUCGGACAGGAACAAACAGGUCAUGGUCCCAUGGCAUUGUUCACUGCUCCGUGGUGUUUUUGUCAAUCAUCAGCUUAUGAAGGUUCGUGAUCAGUUGGUCGCCAACCAAAGGGAUGUGGUGUUUCACAACCACUUUUUGAUGGGGAAGGCGGAACCCUUCUUGACGGUGCCACCUGCGUCGGCGCAGCUCAUCCACAAGCCGAUCGAAGAUCCAAACCCACCUCAGGCGAGGGAGGCUGAAGAGGAGAUCGUCCUUUCUGGCCCACUCCUGGGGGAGAUGGAAGAGCCGAGCAUGAUGCAGGUUCCCGAGGUCCCGAAUGCUCAGGAAGAAAUUUCUGACUUGGACUUUGCUCGCCUUGAUACGAGACCUGGGGCCGGCUGCGUCGUGGAAGGUGCCGAAUCCGCACUCCUCAACGUCAUCACAGAGGACAUCAUCAAGGCCACCUUCGAGGCCGUGAAGGACGCCACCGAAGAGGAGCUCAAGCAGGCCGCCGUUGAGGCACAGGUCGUUAAUCUCGACGACUUUGUGGAGGCGGAAGAGCUCCCGGCGGAAGCCAAGGGAAGGGAGACGUACGUCGCCCAACCGGGCAGGAUCGAGGGAGCCGCUUCCUCGGCCGAUGUCCGGCCCCCGGCUGGUCCCACGGCCGCAAUGGAGGAGUCAGAGGAUGAGGUCGUCAUCAUGGACGCCCCUCUGACGAGUGAGGCCACGAUUCAGAAGCCAUUUACGCCGGCUGCUAAGCCAAAGCCGCCUGCGCUUCCGAGGUGGAUGACGGCCGAUCAGCUCCCGCCUUUGCCAGACGACUACCGCUGGCUGACGCCGGGCGCACGCGUAGCACUCAGCAAGAAGAUCAGUUUCCUGACGCGAGGCUUCGCGGAGAUUCGCGCGCCGCACCUCCAUGUGAAAGCGGCAGAGGAUCACUCCCUUAGAUGGGACGAGUUCUUCGAGAAACUAUCCCAGAUGUGGAGGGGGCUGAGGGUGGAAAACGUGGUAGACGCGUUGCUACACAACGACAAGCUCCGUUUCGAGAUCAAGGUGAACUUUGGUCUCAACAAGCUCGUCGUCUUCCACGCCAUCCGAGCCAUCCAGGGGCAUAAUGCAACCCUCCUCUCUGACGAGACGGACCUCAAUGACACGCAUGCAGCGGUCUACCACUUAGCCGAAUCCUGGUUUCCGACAUUGAAGGAUCGGCCCCCGGAGCAUGUACUCCGGAGGUGGCAGAGCAAGAGCCCCAUGCCGGGAUGCUACAUUGACUUCCUCUGCUCGGAGGCGGAAGACCUCUCGUUCGAUGAGUACAAGCACAUCUGCAACAACAUGCAUUCCCCCUUUCAGAUCGCGGAGGAUGAAAAUAUCACCGUCAACGGGGAGGCCAUCAACGCAGACGACGUUACCUUUCACACAGAGGCAAAGCCCCAAUAUGUGGGUAACGCUCGAUGGGGCUCCCGUCUGAAGACGUGGUACUCCGCGCUGGGGCGCAGGACGGAUGUGAGAUACCGAUCGAAGCUUGAGCAUUACGUAAUUCAAGAGUUCGUGGAUUUUCCCACUCUCAGAUGCGGCUCAUGCAAUCGGGACUUCGUCGACGGGAUGAUCAAUUGCCCAUGGUGUUCGGUCCGUAUUUCUGCCGAGAGCGAUAUGGCACACGUCACAGAAACCAAAAGGGCGCGCGAUGAAGCCAGCCGAAGGGGAACGGGGAUUGAUCUCCUCGCUAUCGCCCCCCGGAAGGGGUUGGCCAUGAAUCGACAUCGCGUCCGUCAGGGUCGUGACGAUGAUGACAUCAGUCUCCCGGCGGCAGUCAGAGGAAAGUGUUUGGCCAUGAAGAAGAGUCUCGCAAAGCGGGGUGGAGGUGAUCACUUGCUGGAGCUUCUCGACGAGCCCCUCGAUGCGUACAACUACGUGUCAAAAGGCAUUGACAUCGGAAGUCUCGCCCAGCUUGAGUUGUUUACGCGCCUUCACAAUCCCGCACCCGGAGGGGAUGCGCGUGGUCGCAAAGAGUUUGCAGGGAGCCACAAUGCUGACGCUCGCCUUAGCAUCGCCUGGAUGCCUGGUGACACCGAGAUCGUCUUGAACCGAGCGUUUUUCAUCGCGUUCUCUUCCAGGCUUUACAUCCUUGACGAGGCGGCCAUGCUCAUCUAUGCCACACAGCAGACGUACUUCGGCCAAAGGUUUCCUUUUUCGAUCCUCGGUUUUGAUGGCGAGAUCUACACUCCGGAGCCAGCCUCGGUCACAGAGCUUGCAGCACAGUUGGCAGAAUUCUUCAAAGUCCAACUUGGCUUCGCCGGGACCUACGAUGAUCCGGCACCCACUGAGGUAACCAUGUCAGGGAAUCUUCGCAUCCCGGAAGGGUUUGCCUCUAUGGGCCAGACGCAACUCAAUGAAGUCCUGCGCGAUACCCGCUUCUACGACAGACGUCUUGCCAGGACUGCCUAUGAUCCGGAAUGGGUCAGAGCCUCGAGGGCGAGGAGUGCAGGCUACAUGCGCGCACCUCCUCCUCCCGGAAGGGAUGGUCCAAGGGCAUCUUCAUCAAGACGUUAUGGAAGGGCUUCGGCGUCCCCUGCAAGACAGCACUCGGAGGGAGCCAAUGACCCCACUCGUGACAGGACCCGAUCAUCAUCGGCAUAUGGUGCCAAUCGUGGAAGAUCACCGAGGAGGACUGGUUCCUAUGUAGAGCCAACCAGCAAGGCAACGCCGCCAAGACUGCGCUCCGCCACACCAAGACCUCCAGCUGCGAGACGUCAGUCGAGCCAGCAAGAUCAGCCCGCUGCCUCACGCAGACGCGUUGAGCCAACCAACCCUACCGAGACGGAGGGAGAAUGGCUUCGAGCGCGCCGUGAACGGGUCAAUCAAAUGAUUGAGACCAGGCUGGAUGAGCUUACGCAGCUGCUCGAGAGACCGCUUGGCAUCACCUUUCCCUACGACGUCGAUGGUGAGGAGAUCAACGGGCGGGAGCCACGUCAUCCCAGAUUCAACCGCCUUGAAGCUUAUUACUGGGCAAUGCUUUAUGCACGCGACCAGCACUAUAUCCAGGAAGAGGAGGUCGUGAACUGCAUUCCAUCCUUCGGGCAGCUCAAUCGGGUGGUCGUAUAUGAUUACGAGAACGUGAUCUGGUACCUCAACGGCUGGGAGCACAAAGUCACCGACCCUUUCACAGGUGAAACCACUCGCCGUUACUGA